AUGGCAUCAGGUGAUCAUCACGAUAAACAUAAACAUCAUUCAGAACCAGAUUCGGAUGAUGAAAAUACUUCAGGACUUGGUUAUAAGGCACCACAAAAGAUCGAUAUUGGUUCCAUUGUGGCAAAAGAUGAAGAUGAUGAAUCAUUAGCACGUUAUAAAAAACUUCUAUUAGGAAAUACAAGUGAUGGUAAACAAAUACAAAAUAUAAUAAUCGAACCCGAAGAUUCACGCAUUGUACUACCAUUACGCAUAACACUGUUAUUUGAAAAUCAUAAGCCAGAUGUAUCAUUGGACUUGAAAGGCUCGAUAGAACAUCUACGUGAUACACAUGUAAAACGUACAAUAACAGUUAAAGAAGGUGAACACUAUCGAACGCAAUUAGAAUAUUAUGUACAACGAGAUAUAGUUACUGGAUUAAAAUUAAUCAAUAAAGUAUUGAAAGCACGAACAAUAACAGUUGAUAAAUCAAAAUACAUGAUUGGUUCACGUGCACCAAGUACAGAAAUACAAAGCUAUGUUAGCGAUGUUGAACAAGCACCGACGGGCCUUCUAUCACGCGGUACAUUUCUAGUUAAAUCAAAAUUAACGGAUGACGACAAAAAUGUAUACGCUGAAUGGGAAUGGAAUCUUGUUAUUGCAAAAGAUUGGCAAUAG